AGCCCUGACAACAACAACAAGGAGAAGCGCGCGCACGCGCACGCGCAGUGGUAUCUGGGAGGCAGCGAGGACUCAUGGCCGCCGAGCUGGAGAUGUAGUUUUCUCGCAAGGAUGCCGGCCAGCUUCAUCUGUCGCGUGCUCCUCUUCGUCUGGGUCUGCGCGGCCAAAUCUCUUCCAGACCCGAAACCAGUCGAGGUGCAAAUCAAAGUCCAGGUGUUCGAUAACAGCGACUUGUCGCCGCUCGCCGACGCCGAGGUGGUUGUCCACGGCAACCAAACUGUCCUGGCCUCCAGCCGGGCCGGCGGCGAUGGCGUCCUGAGGGUCAGCUUCCUGUACCGCACGGGAACGUGGGUCAUCAUCACGGCCUCCAAACAAGACUACGUCACCAACUCGGUGCCCUGGCACUCCAGCCGCAUCCCCCUGUACGCAUCGGUCAGCCUGUACCUGCUGGUCCAGAGGCCAGGAACCCUCAUUCUGUACGAUGACGUGCUGCAGGUGCUCUCCGGCUCGCCAGGAGCUCGGGACCAGCCGCUGGUGCAGCUUCAGAGGAAGUCCCUCCAGCUGCCCUCCGCCUCCAACUACACGGCGCUGUCCGCCACGCUGACCACGGCCCGGACGCAGUACGAGGUUGGCGGCUUUCCGUUCCUCCUGGGCCAAGAGACCAACAGCUCGGGUGCAGAAACGGGGUGGACGGACCUGACGGCGUUGGCCGUGGUCAGCGUCCAGCUCUUUGACGAAGACGGCGCCGCGAUCGAGGUCUCCGACCCGAUCCAGAUCUCCGUGCCGCUGCCGUCCGAUACCCGCAACCGGAUGGCCACCAGCGUGCCGGCCUGGCUGUAUCAGCCCAAGACGGGACUGUGGGUUCGCAACGGGACGGGCUACAUCCAGACGGACGGCCAGCAGUUUGUGUGGAACGUGGUGGUCCCUCAGAUGGGGUACUGGCUGGCUGCCUUCCCUUCGUCUUCAGGAUUGGGUGUGUCUCAUCCCGGCCUGAGGGACAUCACCACCUACCACACCAUGUUCCUGCUCUCCAUCCUGGGCUCGCUGGCCCUGCUGGUGCUCAUCCUGCUCUGUGUGCUGCUCUACUACUGCAGGCGGAAGUGUUUGAAACCUCGUCGCCAGCAAGGGAAAGCCCACACGGCCAAUCUCAACGGCGCCAAGAGGGACCAGGGCACGUCCACCUCGCGGCUCAACCUGAUCUGUGGGGGCCACGCCGAGUCCGGCCCCUCCAAUGAAAAGUCCGACAUGUCCCCGUCCCGAGACUACCAGAGUUCAAGGGAGGACCUGACCAAGCACGUUCCUGCCCACAUGCUGCGACACGCCAAGGGAAAGAACGCGUCUGGUCCGCAGCGAGGCGAGAGCUUCCCCAUGAAGGUGACCCGAGCCACCGAGACCAACAACCUGGACAACCCGUUGCUGCAUGAAGACUACAACCGGAGCUACAGCCCCAUGGAGGGCAAAGAGUCCGAAUACCACCGGCACCACAGCGCCAACGACAACCGAGGGUACUCCUCCGACCCCCCCUCCCCGCCGCGCUUCCAGGGCUACGUGCCGAGCCAGAGCGACAAGCCCCCCGAGUACUCGGCGGCGGCCUCGGACGGCCUGGCCCGGCCCACCUCCCUCAACACUCAGGCGGGUCAGAUCAUCUUCUGCAGCUCCAUCGACCAGAUGAAGGAGAACAUGUACCGAAGCAUGGUGCCGACGCUGGUCAUCCCGGCCCACUACAUGCGCCUGCCCUCCGAGUUCUCCAAAGACGGAAAGGACCACAAAGACCAAGACAAAGACGGCGCGCAGAUGGGCGGGGGCCAGCAGCACCAUCACCACCACCAGAAACAAGGCCAGCAGGGAGGAUCCCAAGGCGGGUCCCAGGGGGACGACUCGGAGGACCCGAGCUGGGCGUCCGACUCCUCCGGGGGACCCAUGACCAUCCCGGUGCUCUUCAACGACUCCACCAUGGCUCAGAUGAACGGGGAGCUGCAGGCUCUGACGGAGAAGAAGCUCAUGGAGCUGGGUGUGAAGCAGCACCCGAGGGCGUGGUUCAUCUCCCUGGACGGACGCAACAACGCUCACGUGCGCCACUCCUACAUCGAUGCAGGGAACGACCUCGGCGGCGGCGGCUUGUUCUUAGGCGGCCCCAGCAGCGCCGGCCGAGACGUGAACCUCGAGCCGCCUCUGGAGGCCCAAGAGCGCAAGUCUGCCAUCAACAGGAAGGGGAAAGAGGAGCGCUGGGGGACGGGAGGACGGAAGGGGCUCAGCGGGGGGAAGUGCUACUCCAAGCUGGCGUACCCCGACCGCGGCGAGCCCGGCGGCGGCGGCGAGGGCCGCCCCGUCUCCCCCGAGGAGAACUCCCUCACCCCUCUCCUGGACGAAGGCCCGUCCUCUCGGGGCUCCACCAUCCCCAGGAAGGGACGCGGCAGCGUGGUCAGCAGCCGCAGCAGCAACAACAGCGAGAACCGCCGCGACUCCAUGACCAGCCCCGAGGACGACGACAAGGACGAGAACAAGAAGAGCCCCUGGCAGAAGAUCGAAGACCGGCCCCUCAUGGUCUUCCACCCCAGGAAGUGAGACGUGAGGACGGAGAGAAAUCACAAAGACGCACAAACAACUCGGGUUGUUGUGUUGACCUUUGUGUUGACCUUGUGUGUUUCUGGUUUGGUGCUUUCUCUCGUUACUCGUUUUCCGCUGAGAUGAUCCAUCGUAUCCGGUCUAUUGUGAACACUCGUCACCCAUUACACCACCGAGCCGUCGCCAUCACACUGACUGUGGAAAUAGCCAUUUUAUAGAGCAGGAUAUGAGAACAAAGCACUUACAAAAAAUGUGAUUAUUGAUGGAUUUAUACAAAGUAUUUGGAAGUGGGUGAGCUUUUUAUGGGACCGAUGCUCACGUAGAUGGUAGGAGACGACUCCACUGCCCCCAAACUUUAACCAACAUACGUUUUCUUUAAAGGAAACUGCUUCCCGAGGCUUGAAUGCUUGAUUCUUCUUCCUCUGCCCCUGUAGACAGAUUGUAAUCCACUAAAUCAGCAUGCGACCUCAUGAGUUCGGAUCGGAGCGCUGAUUUGCUUUCCGUCAUCGUCCCCUCGGCCGCCGACUUGUUGCCAGAACGUAGACUUCACUUUCUUCACUCUCCUCUCGGCCGUUUUAGUGGACUUUGCCAUCUGUGUCGUGUAAAUAGAUGAUCUGGACGUUUGGAGGAUUGUUCUGGGGUUUAGAAAAAGGUUUUGCAUGCAUUUGAAUGUAUGAAAGAAGCAGAAGGCAACAACUAACCCCCCAACACCCCCACUCCCCCCCCCACCCCCCACACAGAGUCCUCCCCUAAUUGCCAAGAAAUUGUGAGUGAGCCUCUACAGCCAAAACACCACUUUACUUGAAGACCUGUUUAAUAUUCCACUGGGAUGCACUGGGGGGGGGGGGGGGGGGGUUCUCACAAGGCCUGCACCACUACUCUCCUGUAAGUGCCUUCUUUCACAUAGGAUCGAGUGAUCGGCCUGCAGGUCCCUCUUUAAGAUGCAGCCCGGCAUCAACAAGCACACUGCAUUGUGGGAGCAACGACACCAGACACUCUGGGGGGGGGGGGGGCGCCGCCUGUCAAAAGAAAUAACUGUUUCCCUUGCGGCUGUUACGUCCUUUAAUAUCUACGUUUUAUUGUAUCUAUCCUCUUUUUUCACCAAACUUGUAAAUGGUACAAUGAACUAUAUGAGAUUUUACGGUGUAAACGACGUGCAUGUAACAUGUAGAAUAGUGUUUUUAAGGAUUUUCUUUUCUUUUUUUUAUUGAUCCAGGAGGUUUGGCACAUAAAAAAAAACAAUGAAACUAAAAAAGUGGCGCACUGACGCGUUAAAUCAUGUUGCCAAAAAGAACUCUGAAGAUACACUGAAUUUUUCCCUUCAUCCAGCUCUGACAAAAUUCACUUCCGGUCGUAAAUGUUUACAAGGACAACCACACUGGCUCCUCCCGGCGAUCCUAGCUUCACCACCUGUGAACUCAAUGGCGUCGCCUCGCAGAUACGAGCUCACCAGUUUGCUCUGUUAAAGGCUUUAUAAACGUCACGCCGGCUUGUUGGUCUUUUUCCUCCCGUCCGCUAGUUGUUCAUGAGCCUACAAAUGUGAUGAUGUGAAGUCUGAAGAACAAACCACGAUCAAACCACUCCUGCUGAGUUGUCGCGUCCACUGCUGUAACUGUACGUUUUUUCGGGGGAUCAGAUGUUUAAUUAUUAUUAUUAUAAAGCUGUGCAACUGCAGCUUUUCCUGUUUUUGUUUGACAGGAGAGAACGUGUUUUCUCAGUAGAUUUGUUUUGUUGUCGGGAGUUUUGAUGAACAAAUAGACACGAAGGAGAGAAGUGUAGGCCUUCACCUGUGCAGUAAAUCAUUUGCUUCAUAAACCUGGUUAGUUGUUUGUAAACUGUAAAUUGAUUCUUUCUGUAAAUGAGACGAAAUAGAAAUAAAUUUGUUCCCACGGUCA